CAAGACCAAGAUAGACCACCCAAGCAUUGAAGCCGUAGCCGCCGCCGCCGGACGAGACAGGUUGAGGCGGGGCGGCAAUGGCCGCCGGGGACCUUGAGGUGCUCACCGCGCUCGACACCGCGAAGACGCAAUGGUACCACUUCACCGCCAUCGUGGUCGCCGGCAUGGGGUUCUUCACCGACGCCUACGACCUCUUCUGCAUCUCCCUCGUGACUAAGCUCCUCGGCCGCAUCUACUACACCGUGGAGGGGUCCGCGACGCCCGGCACCCUCCCGCCGCACGUGUCCGCGUCCGUCAACGGCGUGGCCUUCGUGGGCACGCUGUCAGGGCAGCUCUUCUUCGGCUGGCUGGGCGACAAGCUCGGGCGCAAGAAGGUCUAUGGCAUGACGCUCAUGCUCAUGGUCCUCUGUUCCGUCGCGUCGGGGCUCUCGUUCGGCCACACCCCGGCGUCCGUCAUGGCGACGCUGUGCUUCUUCCGCUUCUGGCUCGGGUUCGGCAUCGGCGGCGACUACCCGCUGUCGGCGACCAUCAUGUCCGAGUACGCCAACAAGAAGACGCGCGGCGCGUUCAUCGCCGCGGUGUUCGCGAUGCAGGGCUUCGGCAUCAUGGCCGGCGGCCUCGUGGCCAUCGUCGUGUCCGCGUCGUUCAAGGCCAGGUUCCCCGCCCCGGCCUACGCCGUCGACCCCGCCGGUUCCACGCCGCCGCAGGCCGACUUCGUGUGGCGGAUCAUCCUGAUGCUGGGCGCGAUGCCCGCGGCGCUCACCUACUACUGGCGCACCAAGAUGCCCGAGACGGCGCGGUACACGGCGCUGGUGGCCAAGAACGCCAAGCAGGCCGCGGCUGACAUGUCCAAGGUGCUGCAGGUGGAGAUCUCAGCCGGCGCCCCCGAGGAGGACGCCGCGGCUGCGGCUGCGACUGCGCCUGCGCCGGCGUCGGCGUCCUUUGGGCUCUUCUCCGGGGAGUUCCUCCGCCGGCACGGGCUGCACCUCCUGGGCACGUCCUCGACGUGGUUCCUGCUGGACAUCGCCUUCUACUCGCAGAACCUGUUCCAGAAGGACAUCUUCAGCGCGGUGGGGUGGAUCCCCAAGGCGGCGACGAUGAACGCGCUGGAGGAGCUGUUCAGCAUCGCGCGGGCGCAGUCCCUGAUCGCGCUGUGCGGCACGGUGCCCGGCUACUGGUUCACGGUGGCGCUGAUCGACGUGUUGGGGCGGUUCGCGAUCCAGGUGACGGGGUUCCUGAUGAUGACGGUGUUCAUGCUGGGGCUGGCCGUGCCGUACGAGCACUGGACGACGCCGGGGCACCACAUCGGCUUCAUCGUCAUGUACGGCCUCACCUUCUUCUUCGCCAACUUCGGGCCCAACGCGACCACGUUCAUCGUGCCCGCUGAGAUCUUCCCGGCCAGGCUGCGGUCGACGUGCCACGGCAUCUCGGCGGCGUCGGGGAAGCUGGGCGCCAUCGUCGGCUCCUUCGGGUUCCUGUACCUGGCGCAGAACCGGGACCCGGCCAAGACGGACCACGGGUACCCCGCGGGCAUCGGCGUGCGCAACUCGCUGUUCCUCCUCGCCGGCUGCAACCUGCUGGGCCUGGCAUUCACGUUCCUGGUGCCGGAGUCCAAGGGCAAAUCCCUGGAGGAGAUGUCCGGCGAGAACGACGAGGCGGCCGCCGCCGCCGCCACGCCGAACUACAACAACCGCACAGUGCCCGUGUAAGUAGCCGUAGUAGAUGCAUCUGCAUGCAUGCAUGCAAAUGUUAUAUAAGGAACAAGUACGUACGUAACGUAACGUGUCGUGUGUGUGGCUGUUGCACGGUAGGGUACACGCACUGUUCUCCUUCGAUCUGGUCGAGGUUGUUUGUCGAGGCACAGCCGUCGCCUUCCGUUACGUCAUUGUUUCCUUUCUGUCUGGUGCUUGUGUGCAUGUUCAGUUGAACUUGCGCGAUCGAUCUGAUGGGAUCAGAGACGUGCUCCUAAAUAACCGGAGGUCACCGUCGGAUAUAGACGUGCUCUCCUGGAUGUUGUACCAAGCGCGUCAUGCUGCUUUAUUAGAUCAAUCAAGUACUGUUGUUUUCGUUCAAA